UACCGUAAACUCCGUAUGAAGGCCACACGGAGGUACUUACUGACCAGGACGGAUACGGCGCCUCCGAGAUGUAAGAAGCUUGAGAUGCAACCGCGAGGGUUAGGGCUAUGAUGGUGAUGAAAACCUAAUGCAGAAGAGAAGGGCUGAUUGUUUGAAGGUAAGCUAAUUGCCAAACAAACUACCUUCAUGAUGAAUCUGAUAGUGAGGUAGGUUGAGAUAGCUAACGAAUGAUUGAUUGGGAAGUGAUGCUUGAACUCAAUCAGUUGCUCGUUCUCUUCGAACCACAAGCUACUAGAGUGCAAAUUUUACGGUUGAGUGGAUCCAACAGCGAUCUGAAAGCAAGGAGAUUGUGUUGUGUAAUUAUAACAGGAUGUUCAAACUAUAUGUACGCUAGCAGAAACGAUAUUUAUAUCGAAGGCGUCACAUGUAUUGUUUGAUGUGAUAUAAAAUAUAGGACGAUUUUUUCUAUUUUUCAAUCUACUUCGUUUUGUAGUCUGCAUAGUGAGACUGAAAGAAACAAAGUAUAAAUACGAUCACCAAACACUCUCUCAACAUCAGUCAACAGUUUUCCAUUUCAGCAAAUACAUACAAUAUAAAUUCUAUCAAAAUGAAGGUUUUCAUCGCCAUCAUCGCCCUGACACUUGCAGUGGCUUCCCAAGCAUCGUACAUUCCGGAGGCAGCUUCCUACUCAACCUGGCCGACUAGCAGCUCGGUAUGGCCACCAAACGGUCUCUACGGAAAAGGAUUCAACAACGGCUGGGCAUACGUUGACGGUGGCAACUGGAACACCUACCCCAGCAUCAACUCGUGGUCUCCUGCUGCUUGGUCUCCGUACGGAUACAAUAAUGGCAUCUAUGGACACAAGACCGUUGUUCAAACAAAUGUAGCCAAGUCGGCGUAUCCAUGGGGACUACCAUGGGGAACCUAUGGCAGCGCUGGAGUGUAUGGAUGGGAUCACCAGUUCCAAUCGGUUCCAGUAACGAAACAGCUUGCUACCGGUGCUGGGUCGGUUUAUGUCACACCGUCAAUCUCAUAUGCUGGAAAGAAAGUGGUUGUCGCUUGAAAAGUGGUGGAAUGCAGUGAACAAUAAACAACUCAAAAUGUACUUGUGCUUUUAAUGAUCAUUAUUUUGAUUCUUUUACAUUACCGGGAUCCAUUUUCCUGAUUAUGUUAUUUUGCAAAAUAAUAGGCUAAGAUCCAAGAUCCGCUAGCCUCGCUAAAUCACACGAAAUAACAUCACAUUACACGCCUAACUUUACCAAACACCGUAUGUAACAUUUGUAAACAAAAAGAGAUUUCCACAUGAGGCGCUGAAUUUCGUUAGGGGUUACUUGUAUCACUCACCUUUGGGGAUGAUUUGUGAAAAAAUACCCGGAUUUUUCACGUUUCUGGAAUGCUCAAUGUAUGAGUUUCCAUGGGAACAGCGAACUUCCCCUUCGAUUUUAUCCGUUCGUGAAUUUUGUUAGAUACGGUUUUUGGUAAAGUUAGGCACUAGU